AUGAAGAAACCUAAAGGGCCCUACACACCUACGGAUAUGGCCUAUCUUGGCUCGCCUCGGGCGAAAUCCGGAGCGUCAUACUCGGUGAAGGCUGAGAUCUGGUCGUUGGGACUGUCAUUGGUGGAGUUGGCAACUGGGGUCUACCCUUACUCCCGGUCAACUGCUUUGGACGCCAUCCUCAUGCCAAGAGUGCGGCUGCAUGCUCCGGCUAACUAUCCACAACCAGGGACGCCAUCAGAUGAAUACGACAUGACCUUGGCAGACAUGUUUGCAAGGGAAGAAAAUGAAGCAAGAGCCUUGCCAGCAGCAUCCGGCUCAUCUGUCCAAGGAACAUCCUAUAGGCCGGCAAAUGUCUACAGAAUCCCACAAGCUGACGUGCCAGCAGAGGAUGCAGCCUCAGACAGGCCCUCGACCUCUUCAUCAGACCCAGGGACGCCAUCAGAUGAAUAUGACAUGACCUUGGCAGACAUGUUUGCAAGGGAAGAAGAUGGAGCAAGAGCUUUGCCAGCAGCAUCCGGCUCAUCUGUCCGAGGAUCAUCCUGCAGGCCGGCAAAUUUCUACAGCAUCCCACAAGCUGACAUGUCAGCAGAGGAUGCAGCUUCGGACACGCCCUAUCCCUCUCCAUCAGACUCAGAGGCUUGGGACACACAGCGCUUGUCAUUGUUUGCUGUGAUAGACGCGAUUGUGUCCGGACCACCUCCAGUUCUGCCACACUCCUGCCGCCAUAUUUUCUCUGACGACUUCCGCGACUUUGUCGAACUGUGUCUGCUGAAGAGUCCCUACGAGCGGCCUGGUCUCACAAUGCUGAUGAAUCAUCCAUGGAUCAGAAAAGAAUUGAGAGAGAACGUAUGUAUUGCACACUGGAUUAUUGAAACCAUGCAAUUCUAGACAUCAAUACAAAUAUCAAACCAAGAAGUUGAUGUCCAGGGGUGGCAGGGGGGGGGGCCUAGGCUCCCCCUAAGGAUCAGAUGAAUAAUGAAAAUGCGGGUCUAUCUACACGAAUUCUUGGAACAUCUAAAAACUAGUGACUUGAACUGGAAACUUCCUCCCGGUAAUGUCUAUCCUUAUGAUCAUCUCACUGCAUAUGAUACAUUUCUAUUGAACAAAGUGAAAGAUCUAAAAAAGAUGAAUAAGUUUAUGAAUGAUGAGUAAGCUUAUGUAUGGGUCAAAGACAAGAAAAUUCUCAUUCGAAAGCAGCAAGAUUCUCCUGUGAAGCGAAUAGUGAGUGAAGGUGACCUCAAACUAUUCGAAUAAGACUAGUACACCUAAAUGUUUCCAACAGAAGUCUUAAUAAUUA